AUCCUUGCUUUACAUCUCCGGAAACUCGCAUCACAGUUCAAGCCCAAAUUUCCUACUUGAUUAUUUUAUUCUCUAUUUUCUUCGCUCGAUUCCAAGCAUUUCACAACCUACACAAUUACCAUGAGACUCUCCGAUAUCACUGAUGCACUGUUCAAGUGGAGAAAGCGCUCGGUCUCUUCUGUUGCUCGUCUCGAAACUACCCCUGCAGCUUCUCUCAAAACCCAUCCCUCGACGAUGCCCCCCAACAAUGCGCCGAAGUUGCCAGCUCUUCCCGGAUCCGACCUGAGCUACUUUCCCGCCUCUUCCAAUUCCGGCCGGUCUCUCGCUCCUUCUAAGUCGGUCCCAGUUGGGCGGCGAAGGACUCAAGGGAGGAGAAGGGUUGUUACCUCGACAACGAUGAGGGGAUUAGCGGAUCUUUGGGAUCCCUAUUCUCCCUCCCCUCCCCCACUAAGGGUGAAACUCCCAGAGAACUCUGUUGUUUCUCGCAGCAAUCCAUCGCUUUCAGGGAAUUCUCAAAGGAAUGGAAUGACUUCCUCCUCCUAUUCAGAAUCUUCCUGCUCUACUUACACCCACAACGUUCCUCCAACCCCCGUUUUGCACAAUGUUCUGGCUGAGCCAAUGAUCGCCUCUCCUAAUCAAAGCACCCCAGCCUUGUCUUUUACUAUGCCUCUCAUCAACGUGCAUCCUCCCACUUCCCCACCUAAGGACGAUAAACAUGUCCGAGCCCAGAAGCAGACUUCGCUGCCGCGCCAUGUCACUCGCCCACCGGCUGGCAAACCCCCAGAAUCGCAAAGGUACCUUCCACCAAAAAUGGUUGAGUUGGAGAAAUCCACCGAGACUGAACAGCAUGAUGGAAACCCUUUCGGGCAGGUUCUGAUGGAUUAUAUGGUCAACGGCAGCGUAGAGGAAUCUGUGAAUUCCCGCGAAACCCAUGAUCGAUCGCCGCCCCCUCCCGCCCUUACUCCUAGCAUCUUAUCCGCUUAUUUCCGCUCCCCUUCUGAGUAUGACGCCUCUAGACCUGCGAGUACCACAUCUAGUUAUCCAGUAACCGAACACGACGAAGAUUUUCGAACCUCUUCAAUGAUGCCUCGAUCGCCACCUUCGAAGUCGCAGAUGAUCCUGAGGAUGGAAGCUCGCAGAAAAAACAUGAACAAGCGCUUUGGGAUGGACGUGGAAUCAAGAAUGAAUACGUGUCAUCUUGAAUCAUCAGUAUUCCUCCAGUAAGGAAGAUGAGCGAGUUCCCAGUCUGCAUCCACUAACAAAUUGUUCGUAUUUGUAGAGUACAGGAACACGCAACUAGUCGUCAGGGUGCCCUGAAACGUUCCAAGAGCAGCGAAGUUC